AACUCAACUGCACGCACGGUUACUCUGUUUUUCGCGUCUCGUCUGGAUUCCUGCAAUUUUGCAAAUAACUGAGAACAUUUUGUAUAUUUCGCACGUUCCACUCCAAUUUCACCACUGCUUGACAAGGAUCACCUGCGAAAAUGGAUCUCAGCGGUCCACAAAGUCUGGACCUAAUACUUCAGCCCGAUGAGCUGAAACUCGUGCCGGAAGAUGUCCAAAAGAAGUUGUCGGCGUACAUAAAAAAUUUUUCGGAUGAGUAUUGCAAGGAACGCGCGGCAGCCAAUCGCUUGGCCGAAGCCGAGCAAAAGAGCGAGGAGUUAGAAAACAAAAUGGAGGACUACCUGGCCAAGUUCAACAACUUUGAGCUAAAUGUCGCCGAGCUGCGUAGCCAGCUGGACCAAGUGUCCGCGGAAAGGGUCCAGCUGCUUCAGACAGUGACCAACUAUGAGCUGGAUGUGUCCCAUUUGCGCAAGGAGAAGUUUGCGGCCGUCGAGGAGCGCGAUUCGUUGAUGAAGGUAAUCGAGCGGCAGCAGGCGGAGUUGGAGCGAUUGAAGCAGGACCUGCACACCUACCAGCAGCAGCUAAGUGGCGCCAUCGCCGCCAAGUGCGAGGCCAUUGCCCGCGUAGACGAGAUUCAGAGCAAGGAGGUGGCUCUUGAGCUGAAGGAGAAUCGCAUGGAGAGCGAGCGCCAAAUGAUGCAGCAGGAGAUUCAGCUGCUCAGCGCCGAUCUCAACAGAAACAACGCCGAGCUGCAUAAUAUCCGGCGGGAGCACUCGCUUAACACCAUGCAGUUGGAGUCGCGACUGAAGGAGAAGACUGAUGAACUGCACAUGGUGCAGGGACAAUACGAACAAGCUUUGAAGACUAUUAAGGAACUAAACGGUAAAUUGGAGGCCCAUAACGACAAUACGUACAAGCAAAACCUGGCCACCGAGGAGUAUGUGGAGCUACUAAAGAAGGAGCUUGAUGCCAAGGAGAAGCUGUUCGAUAUUUUCAAAAACACGGAAGCCAAUCACGUGGCUCAGAGGGAGGAACUGCUGCAGGGUAUUGCCGAUAUGAAGCGUAUGCUGCAGGAGACCGAGGAUCAGGGCGCUGAACUGGAGGCACAGAUUGCUACGCUUAAGCAAAAUCACGCUGCCGAACUGAAGGAGCAGAACAAGAAGAUUGAAGAGCUGCAACGGGAGCUGGCAGGAGCCAACGUCUUGCUGAAGGAGGCCCAGGAGAGCACGCUAGAGAGCGCCAUCUGCAAGUUGGCCCCCAGUGCUGCUAUAGCUAAUCGCUUGAUGCGCUCCGAUCUUUCGCUAACCGAACUCUACUCAAUGUACGCAAAGAAUAGCGAAGAACUCGAGUUGCAGAAGCGCGAGAACGAACAGUUGAAGCUGCAGGUAAAAUCCAUUCUGGAGGAAAUCAGCGAGAAUGUUCCGAUGAUCGAGAAACGUAGCUCCGAAUUCCGCAAACUGAGCGAGGAGCACAACCUGCUUCGCCAAGAGUACCAGGAGUUAAUGGAGCAGAAGGUAAUGUUAGACCACGAACUGGAGAGGGUCUCCUGCAACCUGAGCCACAACCAGAAGGAGAGCAAGAAGCUGAAGCAGACGCAGAACGACCUCAGCCGACAGGUGUGCAUGCUGCUUCACGAAGUGAACUGCUUGAGAGCCGGCGUGCCGCACAUCCGACAGCCACAGCGCGCACCGACCACCAGCGAAAAUGUGAUUACCGAUCACCUAGUCACCUUUGGCUCCAUCGAGGAGCUGGUCCAAAAGAACAAGGACUUGCUAAGAGUCAGCCGUGAUCUCGCUGAAUCGCUAGAGGCAGUCGACAAAGACAACAACAAACUCUUGCUGGAGCAGGCCGAAAAGCAGCUGGAGAAGGUCAAAGCCCGUUUUGCCGAAAUGGAAGAGCUAUUGGCCCAGAAGAAUGACACAGUUAGCACAUUGCUCUCCAAGUGCGAUCGCUACAAGAAGUACUACUUCGCGGCCCAAAAGAAGUUGGGCCAACGUACUGUGGAUCUGGAUGACCCCAAUCUGGAGCUGAACGACUCAGUCCUCGAGACCUCAACACUGACAGCCGCUCAGGCGGAGGAGCACGGAAGGCUAGAGCGCAGAGUGCGCACGCUGGAGCAGCAACUGGAAGAGGAGGGCAAGAAGUACGCCUCCCUGAAGGAGAACUACGACUACUACACCAGCGAAAAGCGCAAAAACGAUGCGCUGGCCCAGGAGCAGUUCGACUCAAUGCGCAAGGAGGUGCGCGAGCUGACAAGCGCCAACUGCAAGCUGAUGAACGCCACCGAGUUCCAAAAGGAGCAGAUCGAGCUGCUGCACAAGAACAUAGACACCUACAAGCAGCAGGUGUCCACACUGGAGGAGCGCACCAAGAGCUACGAGAAAACCAUUGUCAAGCACGAGCAGACCGUGCUCAUGCUCAAGGACGAAGUGAUGGCCGCCCACCGCAAGCAUGCGGCUGCCGAUUCGGCGGCUCACAGCUUGCGCCAGGAGAACCGCAUCCUGCGGGACACCUCCGCCCGCCUGCAGAUCGAAAAGGAGACCUACCACCGCGAGCAGCAGAGCCAGUCGCUGCUUCUGAACAGCCUGGAGUUCAUCAAGACCAACUUGGAGCGGUCCGAAAUGGAGGGACGCCAGCGGCUGGAGCAACGCCUCGAUGACACGGUGCGCGAACUGGCUGCCCAGCGUCGCCACUUCCAGGAAGAGGAGGAGAAGUUCCGCGAGUCAAUCAACGAGUUCAAGCGGCAGGCGGAGACGGCCAUUAAACUGAAGGACGAAGAAAAGCAGCAGGCCGAGAAGUGGCAGGAGGAGCUAGUGGUCCUGCGCGAAGAACUCGCCCAGAAGGUGAAUCAGGUGAAUGAGCUGAGCAAAAAGCUGCAGGACAGCCUGACGCCCUCCAUCAACGACAAUCCCAUCGCGGCGGCCAACAAGCGAGCCCGCGAAUUCGAGCUCAAGCUGGACCAGGCCACCGUGGAGAUCCAGUCGCUCACCAAGGAGCUGGCCAAUGCCCGCGCCCACGGCGAGCAGUUCUACAAGAUGUCGCAGAGCGCCGAAAGCGAGAUCAAACGUUUGCACGAUCUGCACACCGAGCUGGUGGCCAAGCAGGAGGAGGAAAUCAAGAGACUCCAGAGCUCCGAGGCCGAGCUGAAGACACGCAUCAGCGAUCUGGAGGCCGAGGCGAUGCUGUCCAAUGUCACCGAGCAAAGCAAGGUGGUCAACCAGUCGGGCCAGCUGAAGUCGGCCCAGGAGGAGCUGAAGAGUGUGCUCGAGAAGCUCACGGAGGCCAAUCAAACUAUUCGCACGCUGCGCAACGAGAAUACAAAGCUGGCUGAAUCCCUAAGUGCCGUGGAGGUGAAGUACGCCAACGGAAUGGUGCAGCACUCGGCGGACAUCCAGGAGCUGACCCGUUUCAAGGCGGAAUUCUACAAGGCCAACGACGAGCUGAAUCAGCUGAAAUCGGGUCGCGAUUCCCUGCAGGCCGCCUACGACAAGCUGCUGAGCUCCAAUGCCGAGGCGCAGCAACUGCUGGACAAGGAGAAGGAGGAGUCGGAGAAGCGCGUGGCCGAUCUGCAUGCCCUGAACUCUAGUCUGCACGAUCAGAUUGAAGCGCUGACCGCCCAACUAGCUGUUCUGGCCAGCCAAAGUCAGAACCCGAACACCUCCCUGAAUGAUUCCGCCAUGGAUGCUGACCAGAGCCUCAAUGCCUCUGGAAUGUCCGCUAGCAUCGAGGGCAGGAACAACGAGCAGCUGUUGAAGAUCAUCAAGUUCCUGCGCAGGGAGAAGGAUCUGUUUGCCGCCAAAAUAGACAUCCUGAAGGCGGAGAACGCCCGCCUCGUCUCGGAGCACACCAUUCAGCAGAAAAAGGUAGACGAACUUAAUGGUUAUCUUAACCAGGAGCGCGCCAAGAGCCAGGCGGACGUGGUCUCUGCCAAUAAGCACGAGGAGGUUCUGCGCAAGAUCGAAACGCUGAACGCCAUCACCGACAGCAAUCGCAUUCUUCGCGAGGAGCGAAAUGCGUUGACCGCUCGUGUCGCCGAACUCACUGAUCGUAUCAGCAGCCUGGAGAAGGAGCUGUUCCCGCUGCAGUGCAGCAACAAGGAACUGACCUCGAAGAUCGAGGAGAUCAAUGUGGAGAACACCUCGCUGCGCACCGAGGCCAUCAAGUGGCGGCAGCGCGCCAAUGCGUUGGUCGAGAAGAGCAACCGCAAUCCGGAGGAGUUCAAGCGCUUGCAAUCCGAGCGCGAGCACCUGGCUAAGUUGCUCACGGCCGAGAAGGAGCAGAACAAGAAGCAGGCCGAUGAGCUGGCCCUGCUGAAGCAGCGCCUGGACACAGAGAUUCCGAUGCUGAACAAACACCUGCAACUGCUGGACGAGGCGCGCAAGAAGCAGGCGGACGAGUCCAACAACCUCAAGCAGAACAACACGCGCCAGGGGCAGGACAUCAUGGAGCUGAAGAACAGGCUGCUGCAGAAGGAGGAGGAGCUGCUGAAGGCCAACGAGGAGUUGGAGACAAAGGACAAGACCAUAGCCGACAAGGAUACCAAGGAGUUGCAGCUGCGCAAGCUGGCCAAGCGCUACAAGGAUUACUACAUGGGUCUGCAAGCCCAAGCAGGCGGUACCGAGUCCAUCGCAGAGCUGGAGAAGAUUCGAGCCGAGUUGGAGGAGGUCAACGGUCAAUUGAGGGCACUGAAGGAAGAGCAAGAGAAGCUGACAAAGGAGAACGAGGAGCUGAAGAAACGCACAGAGCCCGAAACGGAUGCCAAUGCUGUGCGCCAGGAGUACAAGGCUAAGUUGGACAAACUGGUGGUGGACCUCACGGUGGCUCGUACUGAUUUGGCCAACCAGGAGACAUCCUUUGCCGGCACCAAGUCCUCCUACGACGAGACGAUCACCCGCCUGGAAAAGGAACUGCAGGACAACAUUGCCGCCAAUAAGGACAUCAACCAGCGACUCUCCCGCGAAAACGAAUCGCUGCACAUGAGAAUCAACCAGCUCACCCGCCAGCUGGGAUCGCAGCAGUCCACAAAGCCGUCGACCAGUUCCGUGGCCGAGAAGGGCAACAUCUCAGAGAGCUCUCCCCGCACGGCCAACGUGAAGCCAAUGUCCGGAUCGGCCACAGUGCAGCAGUCGGCCACCGUGACUCCGUGGCGCGGCGGCGAGACUCCUCUGGCCAGCAUCCGCCCAAUUUCGGUCCAGAACAGCCGCACGGCCGCCAUUCUUCCGACCAGCCAGCAGCCACCAGCUGGAUCCAGCACCACCACCUCCUCCUCCUCCUCUUCGUCAUCCACUUCGACCACAUCCGCUGCGGCCAGCGGGGGCAGCUCGGCGGUGGCCCAGACCGCUCUGGUGCCGCCUCAGCAGCAGGUCCACACCACCGGAAGUGCGGCCCUCGAGUCGAUGGCGUCCUCCUCGCCCACGUCCUCGCACACCGACUACAUGCCAUCCACCAGCUCGGCAUCGGUGGCCGUGGCUGCCAUUCCGCCGAUGGGUGCCUCGUCCGCGGCCGAAAGUUCCCAGGAGGCGGAGAGCAUCCAGCAUCCGCAACAGAACGAAUCGCAGCUGUUCGCGGGCGGAGCCCAGCAGCAGGUGGUGGCUCUGGUUUCGCCGCGCGUGGAAGGCUCCUCUUCGUCGUCCAGCUCCACCUCAGCGCCGAACGCCACGGCUCCGAGUGUCCAGGACGGCGGCAGCCAGAGCCAGCAGCCGAGCACGUCGGGCAGCAGCAGCAGCUCCUCGACGGUGGUGAGCAGCCACAGCCGGCACACUCCGUCCAGCAGCAAUGUGACCACCACCCAGGCCGGCUGUUCGUCGCAGGGCAUCAAGCGGCCACGCGACGUCGAGGGGGAUUCGUCCACCACCAACGAGGAGGGAGUGCCCGAUAAGAUGCCAAAAAUGACGAAGCGACUCCGCGGUCCGAUGCACAGCGGCGAACUGUCCGCCGGACACAUUGGCGACUCCGGAAUGGACGUGGAUCAAAUGCCGACCUCCUCGCAACGCGACCAGGAGGAUGACAUCCAGGUGGUGGACUCUGACGACGAGGAGGAUGUCCUGGCCGACGCCGACGAUGGUCCCAUUGACGGCGGCGAAGCCGAGCAGGAGGGCUACGAGGACUCCUACGAGCAGGACAACGAGAUCGACGACAACGAGGGCGCUGACGAUGACAACGACAUCGCCGUGGAUGCCCAGGACAACAACGAGGUGGACAUUGAGGAGGUGCCCGGACAGCACCUGCAGGCGCAGGAAGAGAGCCAGUCGCUGGACAGCCAGGCGGUGGCCACCGCCUCCGCUUCCGCGCAGGAGAACAACCAGAGUCAGGCCAUAACCAGUGGCAGUGGCGAGUCCUCGAAUCCGGUCUCCCUUCCUCAGGCCGAGGCCUCCAACUGGAAGCAGGCAGCCGCCUCCACAUCUUCGGCAGCUGCUCGUCGCAAUGAAAGCUGCGUGGAAAUAGUGAGCUCGCCGCAGGUGUCGAACUUUAGCGAGCAGCCCGCCCGCUUGGAGACCGCCGAAGUGGACGGCACCGCCGAGGUGGCCGAGGCUGCUCCGCACGAAAGUGCUGGGCCGAGCGACGAGGGUGCUGCCACGGCCAGUUCGCCGCAAAAGCAAGGCGAGCCAGGGGAGAGCAGUGGCAGCGAUGCCAACAAGGCUGCCAACGAGGGCGAUCACCCUGGAGGAGCAGAGAACGCCAGCGAGGCGGACGAGGCCUUCGCCGAGGAGACGGUGGCCACUGGCCAAGGAGAAGACUCCCAGCCCCUGGGAAACGAUACAGAUCCCAAUGUUGGCACCAGCCAGUCGGAGGUGUCCCACAACCAGGCCAAUCUUGCCGAGGGCAACCCCACCGAGGACAGCGAGGGCGCUGAUGGCGUCUCCUCUGAAGGCGAGAAGCAGGCGGUGGGUGUUGAGGAGGAAGGUCGAGAGGCGGAGGCCACCUCGCCGUCGGAGAACACGCGCUUUCGAACGCUGCGGAGUGCGGUGCCCACGCGACGAGGAGGACGCGCCAUGAUGCGCGGCGGCAGUCCGAACAACCAGAACCGACCGCAGCGCAUCGUCUGGCAGCGGGAGACGUCGCCGGGUAACAUGCAGCGGGACCAGAUGCCGCCAAACAACAAUCGCUUCGCCCAGAGGGCCCGCAGUCGGCGGCCCAUCCGUCGCCCGUCUCCGAACAACUUCAACAGCGGCGGACGAUUCCCCUAGGGCGAGGAGUUCGGCGGACCCGCAGACGAAAGUCCGCUGUAGGCUGACUAUAAUCAUUGCGUUUACUGGGCUAGAGAUAAGUCUCCUCGCAUUUAACUAUUACUAGGUUUACUGAAUCGACUAGACCACCCCGCAACUACAAUUACUACUCCACAUUCUCCCGCUUUCGAGUCAGGAUUUUUUUGCAGUUGCCAAGACGCAAAGGUCUUCGGUUAUUGUACAUUCACUUUAGCUAUACGAAUUAUAAUAAACAUUCAAUUAUUUAAUGGUCA